CCGACUGGGCUGCGCGCACUGCCCAGCCGGGGCCCGGGAGCCUCCAGGCGGAGAGGCUCCCACCCUCCCUGAGCAGCGACCUCCGCAUGGAGUGGCCGCUCGCUCUGUCAUCGGGGUCGGGGCCGCUCUCGCUGCCGGUGCUUGGAGGUGGAGACGCCGCUGUUCUGGAGCCCGGAGUCCGGCAACACUCGGGACACGAGACAGCGGCGCAGCGGUACAGUGCCCGCCUGCUGCAGGCCGGCUACGAGCCCGAGAGCAUGGCGGACUACCUAAUCAGCGGCGGCACCGGCUACGUGCCCGAGGAUGGGCUCACCGCGCAGCAGCUCUUCGCCAACGCCGACGGCCUCACCUACAACGACUUCCUGAUUCUCCCAGGAUUCAUAGACUUCAUAGCUGAUGAGGUGGAUCUGACUUCAGCCUUGACUCGGAAGGUCACGCUGAAGACGCCGUUGAUCUCCUCCCCCAUGGACACUGUGACAGAGGCCGACAUGGCCAUCGCGAUGGCUCUGAUGGGAGGUAUCGGUUUCAUUCACCACAACUGCACCCCAGAGUUCCAGGCCAAUGAGGUUCGGAAGGUCAAGAAGUUUGAACAGGGUUUCAUCACAGACCCUGUGGUGCUGAGCCCCUCGCACACGGUGGGGGAUGUGCUGGAGGCCAAGUUUCGCCAUGGCUUCUCUGGCAUCCCCAUCACUGAAACAGGCACAAUGGGCAGCAAGCUUGUGGGCAUUGUCACCUCUCGAGACAUUGACUUCCUUGCUGAGAAGGACCAUACCACUCUCCUUCGUGAGGUGAUGACGCCGCGGAUUGAGCUGGUGGUGGCUCCAGCAGGUGUGACGUUGAAAGAGGCAAAUGAGAUCCUGCAGCGUAGCAAGAAAGGGAAGCUGCCUAUUGUUAAUGACCGUGAUGAGCUAGUGGCCAUCAUUGCCCGUACAGACCUGAAGAAGAACCGGGACUACCCUCUGGCCUCCAAGGACUCCCACAAACAACUGUUGUGCGGGGCAGCUGUGGGCACCCGUGAAGAUGACAAGUAUCGCCUGGACCUGCUCACUCAGGCCGGUGCUGAUGUUAUAGUGCUGGACUCAUCCCAGGGGAACUCAGUGUAUCAAAUUGCCAUGGUGCACUACAUCAAGCAGAAGUACCCCCACCUCCAGGUGAUUGGGGGGAAUGUGGUGACAGCAGCCCAGGCCAAGAACCUGAUUGAUGCGGGUGUGGACGGGCUGCGUGUGGGCAUGGGCUGUGGAUCCAUCUGCAUCACCCAAGAAGUGAUGGCCUGUGGCCGGCCCCAGGGUACCGCGGUGUACAAGGUGGCUGAGUAUGCCCGGCGCUUUGGUGUGCCCGUAAUAGCUGAUGGCGGCAUCCAGACCGUGGGGCAUGUGGUCAAGGCCCUGGCCCUUGGAGCCUCCACAGUGAUGAUGGGCUCCCUGCUGGCUGCCACCACGGAGGCGCCUGGCGAGUACUUCUUCUCAGACGGGGUGAGGCUCAAGAAGUACCGGGGCAUGGGCUCACUGGACGCCAUGGAGAAGAGCAGCAGCAGCCAGAAGCGAUACUUCAGUGAGGGAGAUAAGGUGAAGAUUGCGCAGGGCGUGUCAGGCUCCAUCCAGGACAAAGGCUCCAUUCAGAAGUUCGUGCCCUACCUCAUAGCGGGCAUCCAACAUGGCUGCCAGGACAUUGGGGCCCGCAGCCUGUCUGUCCUGCGGUCUAUGAUGUACUCAGGAGAGCUCAAGUUUGAGAAGCGGACAAUGUCGGCCCAGAUUGAGGGUGGCGUCCAUGGCCUGCACUCUUAUGAGAAGCGGCUGUACUGAGGACAGUGGCGGAGGCCGAGGUGGUGGAGCAGAUGCAGCCCAGGGUCCCCCUUUGGGCACAGCCUCCCUCCAUAACUGAGUGGUCCACAGAUUUGCACUACGGGUUCCCCAGUUCCUUUCCAGGGAGAGGGGAGGGGAGUCCUUGAGGGGUCUGUAGCCCCUCCCUGGGCAUCCCCUGUAGAGUCAGGACUGCUCCCUGGGCCAGGCUGCCCUAGGAGCCCCUGGGUUCUCCCUUCGUCAGCCCCCUGAGCCCAGCCAGCCUGGGCUCUCAGGCCCUGUGCCUGCCUCAGGUCUUUUUUGCUGCAGCCUGCUCCAGCCUGGCUCCUGCCCUGGGGCAGGUGGCCCCUCCUGGCUUUUGUAGGGCACCUCCCUCCCUAGCCCCACCCCAGGAAAUGGUGCUCUCCUGGCCCUGCCUCUGGCCCUUCCCAGGCUGCUGCCCCCUCAGCCAUGUGGCACUUCUGGGCUCCUGACCUAGGCCAGGGGGAGGUUUCUGCCCCCUUCCCCUGUCCCUGGGUUACCCUUGGGCCCUGCUCCUCAGGCCAUUCCCCUGAUCCUGGCCCUGGGAGGAGGCUGCCCUGACAAUGGCUGCCUGCCCAUCAUUCCUGACUCACCACCAUCCCCAGGCGCACCAUUCCUGUCCUCUCCUCAGCUGCAGUUGAAGGCUUUAACUUUGCACACUUUGGGGUCACAGUUGCAUCAUUGUAUAUGAAAUCUGAAUAAAUCAAGCAGGUCUCAACACCUC